CCUCUGGGACGGCCACCGCCCGGGAUGCCGCUGCUCGUUAGCGAUUACAACUGGCAGCAGACGAAGACUGCGGUGUUUAUCUCCGUGCCUCUGCGAGGCGUCUGCGUCAGGGACGCCGACGUGUUCUGCACGGAAAACUAUCUGAAGGUCAACUUUUCUCCAUUUUUAUUUGAAGUGUUUCUCUACGCGCCCAUAGACGAUGAAAACAGCAAAGCCAAGAUUGGGAAUGACACUAUUGUAUUCACCUUAUAUAAAAAAGAAGCGGCCAUGUGGGAGACCCUUUCUGUGUCAGGUGUUGACAAAGAGAUGAUGCAAAGAAUAAGGGAGAAAUCUAUUUUACAAGCACAAAAAAGAGCAAAAGAAGCUACGGAAGCAAAAGCUACAGCAAGACGAGAAGAUCAAAAAUAUGCACUAAAUGUUAUGAUGAAGAUUGAAGAAGAAGAGAGGAAAAAAAUAGAAGAUAUGAAAGAAAAGGAACGAAUAAAAGCAACUAAAGAAUUGGAAGCCUGGAAAGAAUGUCAAAGAAAAGCUGAAGAACAAAAAAGAAUUCAGAGAGAAGAGAAAUUUUGUGAACAAGGAAAGAAAAUUGAAGAAGAGAGACACAAAUUAAAACAUAAGAGCCUUACUAAAAUUUCGUCAUCUAGAAAUCUUGCCACGAAAGGAAGAGAUUCAGAAAAUAUAUUUUUGGAGAAAUUAAAGGAAGAUAGUAUUCCUGCUCCUCGCUCUAUUGGCAGUAUUAAAAUCAACUUUACCCCUCGAGUAUUUCCAACGGCUCUUCGAGAAUCACAAGUAGCAGAAGAAGAGGAGUGGUUACACAAACAAGCAGAGGCACGAAGAGCACUGAAUACUGAUAUUCCUGAACUUUUUGAUUUAAAAGAAGAAGAAAAGAACCCAGAAUGGCUAAAGGACAAAGGAAACAAAUUGUUUGCAACAGAAAACUACUUGGCAGCUAUUAAUGCAUACAACUUAGCCAUAAGACUAAAUAACAAGAUUCCACUGUUAUAUUUGAAUCGGGCUGCUUGCCACCUAAAACUAAAAAACUUACACAAGGCCAUUGAAGAUUCUUCUAAGGCACUAGAAUUAUUGACACCACCUGUUCCAGACAAUGCUAAUGGAAGAAUGAAGGCAUAUAUACGACGUGGGACAGCAUUCUGUCAACUCGAAUUGUACAUAGAAGGCCUACAGGAUUAUGAAGCUGCCCUUAAGAUUGAUCCAUCCAACAAAAUUGUACAAAAUGAUGCUGAGAAGAUUCGGAAAAUAAUUCAAGGAACAGAAGUAAAAUCUUAAUGACUGCUGAAGCAACUAGAGAGAGAGGCAGAGACACAGGCAGAGGGAGAAGCAGGCUCCAUGCCGGGAGCCCGACGCUGGACUCGAUCCCGGACUCCAGGAUUGCGCCCUGGGCCAAAGGCAGGCGCGAAACCGCUGAGCCACCCAGGGAUCCCCAAGAUUUCAUUUUUUUUGAUGGCUGAGUCAUAUUCCAGUAUCUAUCUAUCACAUCUUUAUCCAUUCAUCUGUCCAUGGACAUAUCAGCUCUUUCCACAGUUUGGCUAUUGUGGACAUUCUGCUAUAAACACUGGGGUGCAAGUGCCCCUUCAGAUCAUCACAUUUGUAUCUUUGGGGUAAAUACCUAGUAUUUACCUGGGUCAAUCAUAGGGUAGCUCUAUUUUCAACUUCUUGAGGAGCCUCCAUACUGUUAUGUUGAGCAUUUUUUCAUGUGUUGGCCAUUUGUAUGUCUUCUUGGGAGAAAUGUCUGUUCAUGUCUUCUGCCCAUUUCUUUCUUUUUAAAAAAGCUUUUAUUUAUUUAUUCAUGAGAGACACAGAGAGAGGCAGACACAGGCAGAGAGAGAAGCAGGCUCCAUGCAGGGAGCCCGAUGUGGGACUUGAUCCCGGGAAUCCAGGAUCACGCCCUGGGUUGAAGGCGAACAUUCAGCCCGUGAGCCAGCUAAGUGUCCCCUUCUGCCCAUUUAUUGACGGGAUUAUUUGUUCUUUGGGUGUAGAGUUUGAUAGAUUCUUUCUGGAUUUUGGAUAUUUGCCCUUUACCUGAUAAGACAUUUGCAAAUAUCUUCUCUCAUUCUGUCUGUUGUGUUUUGAUUCUAUUGACUGUUUCCUGUGCUGUGCAAACCCUUUUUGUCUUGAUAAAGUUCCACUGGUUCAUUUUUGCUUUUGUUUCCCUUGCCUUUGGAGAUGUGUCUAGCAAGAUUGCUGUGGCCGAGGUGACAGGUGGCUGCCUGUGUUCUCCAAGAUUUUGAUGGAUUCCUGUCUCAGAGUUAGGUCUUUCAUCUAUAUUGAGUCUAUUUUUGUGUAUGGUAUAAGAAAAUGGUCCCGUUUUAUUCUUCUGCAUGUGGUUGUCCAAUUUUCCCAACACCAUUUGUUGAAGAGACUUUUUUCCAUUGGAAAUUCUCUACUGCUUUCUUGAACAUUAACUGACCAUAGAGUUGAGGGUCCAUUUCUGGGUUCUCUAUUGUGUUCCGUUGAUCUAUGUAUCUGUUUUUGUGCCAGUAUCAUGCUUACGAUGACAGCUUUGUAUUAGAGCUUGAAGUCCAGAAUUGUGAUGCCACCAGCUUUGGUUUUCUUUUUCAAUAUUCCUUUGGCUAUUUGGAGUCUUUCCUGGUUCUGUACAAAUUUUAGGAAUAUUUGUUCUAGCUCCAUGAAAAACGUUGAUGGCACUUUGGUAGG